AUGUCUACUGAUGCUGGGAAGACUGUGAUGUUAAAAUGUAAUUAUUCCACCAGCAGUAAUGAGCCCUAUCUAUUCUGGUAUAAACAAUAUGCUAACCAGAUGCAAUAUAUUCUUUACCGUGGAGCCAAAAGUAUGUCUUCUAUGAGACACGAUGGAAAUUUCAAGACUGGAAAAUUUGAAUCUGAGACCAGCGAGUCCACUACCCGCUUAACUAUAUAUGACAUGACUGUGUCUGAUUCUGCUGUGUACUUCUGUGCUCUCAGAGCUGUUGCACAGUGUGACAUAUACAUUGUAGACCCAUCAAUAAACCUCCUCCUCACUACCACUCUUCCACCAGUAGAUGGCAGAAUCUGUUAUAGUCUCUUCAAUAAAACAUUCUCCUUGCUACCACACUCCUACCAGCAGAGGGCAGAAUUCACCUUACCUAAUUAUAAACACCCAGUAGUAAGGAAACUAAACCAGGCAGCCUGUAAAAGAGGAGAGAUUCAGUGUUCACUUCUCCAGCAGGUGCUGAGUUCAAUUCUCACUCUUUAG